UACCCGGUCUCCUCAAACUAAAUAAGGAAUAUGCUCAGCUGGAACAACUUUAUCGCACACAAUAGUCCAUGAUUCCAAAUGUCAUAAUGCAUAUAGCCCAAGUCACCUGAAAGCCCUUCCUCCCAAGUGGGAUCCGAACCGGCGGGAAUCACCACAAACCCUAAUAUAUGAACCAACCAAUAAACCCAGCAUUCACAGUAAUAGUACUCAGCUAUCGCGACUAUUAUUACAGCAAAAAAUAACAAUGACUGCACUAGACGGUAUUGCCAUCGUUACCGGCGCGGGAAGCGGUAUUGGCCGGGAAUGUGCCCUGGGGUUUGCAUUUUCUGGGGCAGCGGGUGUUGUUUUUGCGGAUAGAAAUCUUCCUGCGGCUGAGGAAGCUGCUGAGACUAGUCGCAGGAUUGCUAAUAAUCAUGGUUCUUAUCACGCAUUGGUUAUUCAGGUGGAUGUGGCGGACCGGCAGAGUGUCGAGGGGAUGCUUUCGCAGACGCUGGAAAAGUUCGGACGGGUGGACUAUUGUGUGAAUGCAGCGGGUAUGGCCAUGCGCCGGCCACGCAGUAUUCUUGAUCUGACACCCGACGAAUUCGAUCAACUAUACAACGUCAACGUCCGCGGCACGACGAAUUCCCUGCAGAUUAUUGCCAGACAGAUGCAGAAACAAGAACUUCGCACAAUAUCCACCCGGAAUGGUCCGCGCGAGAUCGGUCGAGGCGUGAUCGUAAACCUGGGUUCGAUGCACUCACAUAUCGCUGCCAAGGAUAUUGCACAUUAUACUAUGUCCAAGCAUGCCGUUUUGGGGCUGACGAAGAGUGCUGCCCUUGAUCUCGCUCCACAUGGCAUCCGCGUCAACAGCGUUUGUCCGACAUGGGUCGAUACUCCCAUGAUUGACGCUGUCGAGGGGAGCGAGCAGCUCCGAGCCAUGGUCAAUAAUGUUGUACCGCUAGGGCGGAUUGCACAGCCAGACGAAGUAGCUGAUGUGGUCUUGUUCCUGUGUAGUCCACAAGCUAGUUAUGUAACGGGAAGUGGCUGGAUGAUCGACGGCGGAUUAUCAUGUAUGAGUAAACUCUAA